CUACCACAAGCACUAUCGUACAAUCCCCUGGUUUUUUUUUUUAGCAGCAGAAACAGAGACGGAUCAAGUUCUCUCCUUUCAGUUGUAAAUUCAAAGACCCCGUCGGAGUUCUGGCAACUUCGUUUCUCUCCUCACCUUCUAAAAAUCCCCCAUCUUCUGAUCCUUCUUCUUCUUAUCAAUGACCGGAAGUAGAAGCAAAGACCCGAAACCCAAUUCAGAACCCGACCCAGCUCCCAAAAAAGCCAGGGGGUUGACCAUUGAAGGGUACCCAAUUGAAGGUUUGUCCAUUGGCGGCCAUGAAACCUGCAUAAUCUUCCCAACUCUCAACCUUUCCUUUGAUAUUGGUCGCUGCCCGCAGCGUGCUAUCUCCCAGGAAUUCCUCUUCAUCUCCCAUGCCCACAUGGAUCACAUUGGAGGACUGCCCAUGUAUGUUGCAAUGCGUGGAUUAUACAGUAUGAAGCCCCCGACGAUCAUUGUACCAAAGGGUAUAAAAGAACUCGUGGAACAACUUUUUGAGGAGCACAGAAAAAUGGACCAAUCGGAGCUGAAGCAUAACCUUAUUGGCUUGGAUGUUGGAGAAGAAUUCUCUAUGAGAAGGGAUCUCAACGUAAAAGCCUUUAGGACUUCCCAUGGAAUACCAAGUCAGGGCUAUGUAGUAUACUCCGUAAAACAAAAACUUAAGCAGGAGUACAUUUGCCUUUCUGGGAAUGAAAUUAAAACCUUAAAAUCAUCAGGUGUUGAGAUUACAAACACUCUUACAGAACCUCAAGUUGCUUUUACAGGAGAUACCACGUUGGACUUCAUAACUGACAGUAGUAAUAUUGAUGUGCUGAAGGCAAAGAUUCUCGUUGCGGAGAGCACGUUCUUAGAUGACUCGGUUGAAGUGGAGCAUGCCAGAGACUACGGACACAUACAUCUAUCUGAGAUUAUUAGUCAAGCAGAGAAGUUUGUAAACCGAGCAAUUCUUCUUAUUCACUUUUCCGCUCGGUACACAGUACAGGAAAUUGAACAAGCUGUAUCAGCAUUGCCGCCUCCUUUAGCAGGCCGAGUUUUUGCGCUUACAGAAGGUAUUUGAUGGUAGAGCCAGUCAGCUUCUUUGAUCUUUUCAUGACAUCAAUUUUGGCAACUUAAAUUUGUGUGCCGAAGACAGAAGCAU